AUGGCAUUUUUAAUGAAUUGUAAAUUUCCUACUUUAUUCUUGUUAAUCACUGCCUGCCUAAUUCUGAUAACCAAUUCAGCAUCACUAGUUAAUCUGUAUUCACGAUAUCAUUCUAUUUCGGAACGUGGAGAUGGAAGUUCUUGUCGCACUCAUUUUGAUAAUUAUAAUCUAAAUAAACGUCAUGAUAACAAAUUUGAGAGGCGUUAUGAAUUGGAAGAACGCAAUGAAAUUGAAGGUGAUGGGUUUCCUGAAUUGGGUGAAAGAACUUGA